CUGGGCGAUACAGCUUUAACAUUCCGGAAACGAGUUCCUUGCGGAGGGUCAGUUUUUGGCACUACUCCGUAACGCCCCCGUCCCGCUCAGUUUGUCCUCUCCGCUCGCCGUAGUUGGGGGCACCGUCUGGCUGCAGUUGUUGGGGAAGAGGAAGUAACACCACAAACAGUGAGGCAUUAUGGGCAACACAAGUGACAGGGUGGCCGGAGAUCGGCACGGAGCCAAAGCCCACCGCUCCGACAGCAGCGGCAGUCACAAAGACCAGGAGCCCAGCAGCAAGAUGGUGGACAGCACAGACGACCCCAACAUCUUCAACACCCACGGGCCAGAGUCCAAGGCAUCAGGAGAAAAAGAAUUCACCCCAGAUCUGGAUGAUCUGGUGAAAACUGGUCCUCAGGCUCGACCCACGGUCAUCCGCUGGGGCGGAGGUGGAAAGGAGGUCUACAUUGCUGGUUCCUUUAACAACUGGAGCACGAAGAUACCACUAAAUAAAAGCCAUAAUGACUUUGUAGCGAUCCUGGACCUGCCAGAGGGAGAGCACCAGUACAAGUUCUUUGUCGAUGGACAGUGGGUCCAUGAUGCGUCAGAGCCAAUUGUAACCAGUCAGCUCGGCACCAUCAACAACCUGAUCCAGGUGAAGAAGUCAGACUUUGAGGUGUUUGACGCCCUGCAGGUCGACUCUCUGGAGUGCUCCGACACAUCAGAUCUGUCCAGCUCCCCUCCAGGUCCAUACGGGCAGGAGCAGUACAUCUUCAGACCCGAGGAGCAUUUCAAAGCUCCACCUAUACUCCCUCCCCACCUCCUUCAAGUCAUUCUCAACAAGGACACCAAUAUAUCCUGUGACCCUGCCCUGCUGCCUGAACCCAACCACGUCAUGCUAAACCAUCUUUACGCCCUCUCAAUAAAGGACGGCGUGAUGGUGCUGAGCGCGACUCACAGAUACAAGAAGAAAUACGUCACCUCUCUGCUUUACAAGCCGAUCUAAACCUCAACGCGGGUGCUCCACAGUGCUUUUAGAGAGCAGCAUGCUCGUAUUCUGCUGAGGGUUUUUCUUUUGUAUCAUCACUUUUAGCCAAAUGUUGCACUGAGACAAGUUUACAGUCGAGCUGAAAGGCCAGCGGCUUUGACUGUGGCUUGGGUUUUAAAAGGCUGCACUUCUGUCUACAUAGGGCUCUGAUCAAAAGUAGCGGAGUGUGUGCAGGGUGUAAGAGAGAGAUGAGAACCAUACUGUGGCUUUUACCUGCAACAUCCACAGACAGAGACUGACUUACUCACUGUGUGUAUUCGAGCGUUUGCCGCACCUUGUCAACAUAUGCAUGUCCGUGUGUAAAACGAGAUUUUCUGGCGUGGAGGUGUUUAGAGUGUGACUGAUGUGGAUCGUGUCGUCAUGUCCUCCUUGAACCAGUUGAAUCAAGUUUUGAACGAAUUGACUUGACAGCGUUCAUGGGGGAAGUGCAUGCAGAGUAACAGGAUGACUUAAUCUGGCCUCAAGUCAGUGUCCAGGUGCUGAAGAGAGCAGCGGACUGGCUUGAAAAUGAAGUGCAAUAACUUGCGACAACUUUGUUUGUCAGUAAGGUCAUGUUAUGUUGAAUUUCUCACAAUACAGCCAUCAUUUAGUGAAAUUUACAACAUGAACUGAAUUAAACAAGUCCAAGAUUACACUUACAUUUAUACGAUGGUUGUCAUGGACGGAGUGCUUGUAGGUUUUCACAGGUAAUCUUCCCGAUGGCAAUGGUGGUCAAAGGUCAAUGCUAAAAGCUACAGAACACAAAACACAUUUUCUUCUGAUCUGUAGUACGAUUAAUUCAUCUAGAUUGUGCCAGUUGUAGUUGCAUAUAUCGGCCAUUAAGAUGUCUAAUUCUCUUGAAAAUAAUUGAACUAGAUGGUGCUCAGCCUGUGGUGCUCCAAGUAACAAAAACAUUUCAUUUGAAAUUCAAUAACACUGUCUUUUUCCAUAAAAUCCUGACCUGAUGACUUCAGAUAAUCAAUAAAGGGGUUUCUAACUUAGCUAGCUAACAGCCUGUUCAGGAGGAGGACGCCAUUAAUGUUCACAUCCCGUGCUGUCAGCAGCAUGAGCCUCUUGUUCAUGAGCAAAUGCACACUUCCAAGAGAGAAAAAAUGACAGAUUAAGAAAACAGUUCCUACAUGAGACCAAUCACAGAGACAAUGCUGUUGAGUUGUUCAGAUGUAUUUGUUGGCACUUUGAGCACCACAAGCUGAGAGCCAUCCAGUUCUGUUAUGUAAGAGGCAGACAUCUCUGGAGCUGAUAUCCAAACUGCCAACUCCCAUCAAGAUAACAUGGAUGGAUAAAUAAUACUUACGGUAAGAGAAAAUGUGUAUUUUUGAUUUUGGGGUCCCUUUAACUUCUUCUGUUGCCUUUAUUUUGAUAUAUUUUGUGAGCACUUUAGCGUCCAUGUGAGCAGGAGUGUUGAUGUAAGCUUUUAACUAUGCAGCAGACAAACUCUUGUACUGUAGCUUCUCUGAACUAUUGAGCCCAAUUUUUUUUUUUGGGGUGGUUUUAGAUAUGAUGAACUUGCAGUGCUUUAUAUGUGUAUGUGUGCAUCUAUAUUGAGUUCUAUUUAUCAUAUAGCAAUGUACUGUAUGUAACUGUGACAUGUAUAGUCAUACACAGGCGUGCACACGCAAACAACCUGCUGCUUUGCAUGUACUGAAUGUCUAGAACUUGAAGCAUUUACCGUGUGGUGCACAUUCAGAGAGGCACAUUUUCUGAUGACUUUACAGGGCUAUGAGGAUACAGAGUUGACAUGAAUUUAAAAUUUGUACAGAGUUUGUUCACGUGUGUGGUCUUUAUAGUAUAACUAUUGAAGAUGGUCUGUAUUUUGAGGUGUGGUGGCUUUUGAAAAAUUGUGUCACUCGUAAGUAGUGCUGUUUUGAAUGUCUGCACUUAUAGUAUAUACCCACUCGACAGACUUACAAAAGGGGCUUUCAUAAAUCCUGUUGGUGUUCAAGCUGGACCGUCUGAAAGUAUUUUGUGAAUGUCGAGCCUCGCCGUGACGUCUCGUCCAAAGAGUAUUCAGGAUAAGAUAAGAUGAGGGAGUAUGGACGAGCGCCACACACGCCGUAUGGUGUUUUUAGGCUUUAAAACCAAAACUUGAAUUUUACAAAGUGUUUCAUGAAUGUUUUAAAAAAAUGCUUUGCAGAACCAGUGUGAUGAUUCACUGUACAAAGUGUUCCUUGUUUGCAAAUAAAGAGGACACGCUGGUCCAAAUUCAAACUCUC